AGCUUGGCAAGCCCUACCAUGUCUUUUCAGACUACUCUUAGCCUGUCUCUGGACAGUCCCACCCGUGCCCUCUGCAUGGUGGGCAUGGAAAUCACCUUGGACAUCAGUGGGUGCGCACCGGAGAAGUGCAAGUCCUUCACCAUCCGUGGCUCCCCCAGGAUCUUGAUCCAUAUCUCCAACACAGUCAUUACUGGGAAAGACAAUGCCGUGGUCUGGCAGCCGAUGAACCAACCCACAGAGGCAUUGCUGAGGAUGGUGUCGCCCAGCUCCAAUGUGGACGAGGACAAGGUGCUGGUCUCCUACUACUGUCCUGACGAGGAUUUCCCCACGGCCACAGCUGUGCUGUUCCUCACUGGCAUUGAGGUCUCCCUGGAGGCAGACAUCUAUCGAGAUGGACAACUGGACAUGCCAAGUGAUAAGCAGGCUAAGAAAAGAUGGAUGUGGGGUCCGAAUGGCUGGGGAGCCAUCCUGCUUGUGAAUUGUAACCCUAGUGCCACAGGACAGCCUGAUGAACAGUCCAUCAUUCAGGAGGAAAUAGAGAACCUGUCUCAGAUGACUCUCACUGUGGAGGGCCCCACCAACAUCCUACAGAACUACCAGUUGAUCCUACAUACCUCCGAGGCAGAGGCAAAGAAGACAAGAGUCUACUGGUCUCAGAAGGAUGGUGCCUCUGCCUAUGAACUGGUAGUGGGACCUAACAAGCCUGUCCAUAUCCUGCCUACCUUUGAGAACCGUGGGAAAGAGAUUUUCUACAUAGAAGCUACAGAAUUCCCAUCUUCCAGCUUCUCAGGCCUGAUCUCCUUCUCUGUUUCCCUAAUAGAAAAGGCUCAUGAUAAGUGGAUCCCAGAGAUCCCACUCUAUAAGGAUACAGUGAUGUUCCGGGUAGCACCUUAUAUCUUCAUGCCCAGCACCCAGAUGCCUCUAGAGGUUUACAUGUGCAGGGAGCUACAGCUGCAAGGCUUUGUGGACACAGUGACCAAGCUGAGCGAGAAGAGCAACGUGCAGGUGGCUUUUGUCUAUGAGGACCCCAACCGCCAGGGCAAAUGGCUCCAGGACGAGAUGGCUUUCUGCUAUACUCAGGCUCCUCACAAGACCGUGUCCUUGAUCCUUGACACCCCGAGGGUUUCCAAGCUGGAAGAUUUCCCCAUGAAAUACUCAUUGAGCCCUGGUGUUGGCUACCUGAUCCAACAAACUGAGGACCACCGGGUGGCGAGCCUGGAUUCCAUCGGGAAUAUGCUUGUGUCCCCGCCUGUCAAGGCUCAGGGCAAAGACUACCCUCUAGGAAGGGUCCUCAUUGGUGGCAGCUUUUACCCGAGCUCCGAGGGCCGGGACAUGAGCAAGGGCCUGCGAGAAUUCGUGGAUGCCCAGCAGGUGCAGGCCCCUGUGGAACUCUUCUCGGAUUGGCUGAUGACCGGUCACAUAGAUCAGUUCAUGUGCUUUGUCCCUACCAGUGAUAAAAGUGAUGACAAGAAGGGCUUCCGCCUGCUGCUGGCCAGUCCCAAUGCCUGCUUUGAGCUGUUCGAACAGAAGCAGAAGGAGGGCUACGGAGACGUGACCCUGUUCGAAGACAUCGGGGCGGAACAGCUCCUUUCUAAUGGGAGGGAGGGCAGAACCAUUUCCCAAAUUCUGUCCGACAAGAGUUUGCGAGAGCAGAACACCUACGUUGAGAAGUGUAUCAGCCUGAACCGCACCCUCCUGAAGAAGGAACUGGGAUUGGUGGACCAGGACAUCAUUCUGAUCCCGCAGCUCUUCUACCUGGAGCCGCUGACAAAUGUCCCCUUCAACCAGCAGACCACUAAACUCUUCGCAAGGCCUUACUUCCCCGACAUGCUGCAGAUAAUCGUGUUGGGCAAGAACCUUGGAAUCCCCAAGCCCUUUGGGCCCCAAAUCAAGGGCAUCUGCUGCCUAGAAGAGAGAGUGUGUGAAUUACUGGAGCCCCUGGGUCUCAAGUGCACCUUCAUUGAUGAUUUUGACUGCUACCUGGCCAACAUGGGGGAUGUCUGUGCCAGUGUCAUCAUAAACCGGGUGCCAUUUGCAUUCAAGUGGUGGAAGAUGAUCCCAUAAGCCCUGGGCCUGGCACGGCCAGCCUGCCUUUACCAUAGAUCAGUAGUGGGUGUGAGUGUUGUUGUUGCACUGGGUUGAAGGGACAGAGGAGCUCUACCAGUUUGACACCUCCGGAGGGGAAAGGGGAAAAGAAAGUAUGUGUAAAACAAGCUUACCGUAGAGCCAAUAAAGCACCGUGUUCUGAAUGCAUCUUCUGGGAAGCUGCCUUACUUUGCAGAAGGGGCUGCUGAGGAAAACCGCGAUGGCUGGGGCCCUGAGCCGCCGUUCCUUCUGAAUUUAUAACAGGAAGUAUAGCUGAACUUAAAAUGCUUUGGGUUUGAAGUGGCUAAGCUACAGGCUGGAGGAAAGGAGGGGACCACCCCAAUGCCUCUGCAGACGGGGUCUAAGCAGAGAUGGCAACCUGCUGGCAGGCAGCUGGCCGCAGCAGCUGGAAGCACUCUGUUCUCCUUGAUCUGUCGUGUGACGCUGGGGAUAAAGAUAACUGAGUAAGCUUAUGCUGGCUCUCAAAGCCUGCAGUCUCGUCUCACUGCCUGUGUCAAGGACCAGUGCUGGUAACAGCGG